GCGGCGGCCCGAGGCGAGCGGAAGUGAUGGAGCCGGCCAAGAUGGCGUCUCCCAAGAGCGCGCCCAAAGACGCGCAGGUGAUGGCGCAGAUCCUGAAGGACAUGGGCAUCACGGAGUACGAGCCGCGCGUCAUCAACCAGAUGCUGGAGUUCGCCUACAGGUAUGUGACCACUAUACUGGAAGAUGCAAAAAUCUACUCGAGCCACGCAAAGAAAUCCACUGUCGAUGCAGAUGACGUGAGGUUGGCAAUCCAGUGUCGAACAGACCAGUCAUUUACAUCUCCACCUCCAAGGGAUUUCUUGUUAGAUAUUGCAAGGCAGAAAAAUCAGACGCCGUUGCCAUUGAUAAAGCCUUAUUCUGGACCCAGGCUUCCACCUGACAGAUACUGCUUGACAGCUCCCAACUACAGACUGAAGUCCUUACAGAAGAAGGUCUCUUCCUCUGCAGGGAGAAUAACAGUCCCUCGCCUGAGUGUGGGUGCUGUGAGCAGCAGGCCCAGCACUCCUACUUUAGGUACACCUUCAGCACAAACAGUAUCUGUCUCAACAAAAGUUGGCACUCCAGUGUCACUGACCGGUCAGAGGUUCACCGUACAGAUCCCGUCUUCUCAGGCAGCAGUCAAGUCAGCCACACCAACUACUCCGACAGUUCAGAAUGUUCUAAUUAAUCCUUCAUUAAUUGGACCAAAGAACAUUCUUAUUACUACAAAUAUGGUAUCAUCACAGAAUACACCUAAUGAAUCAAAUCCCUUGAAAAGGAAGCAUGAGGAUGACGACGACUAUGAUAACUUGUGAAGAGACUGUCCUGCAGUGAUUCGUAUUGAGCCUGACAAGAUUUCUGCCAAGAGUUCUUUGUAAAGGGGGUGAGAGCAUGUAAAUACUCUGCUAAUAUGCGGUUGCGUGUGGUGUGAGAGAGAGGUCCUUGCCUGUGGAAAGAUGAAAAAGCACCUCAUCUUUUUCUGUGGCCCAUAAUGUCUUUUGAACCCCAGCAGCAGUGGUGAGUGCUGGUUACUGUUGCACAGAACAGCCCUCACACCUCUUCUGUCGCCUUAUUUCUGACAGAUGUGGCUGUGUCUCUGAAGCCUGCUGAGCCAGGUGCUGGUAGUACUGUUCCGUGCCUAGUAAAAAUCAUUUUCAGAAAACAUUGGGUGGUGGACAUAGGUAUUCAUUUCAAAUAACAUUAAAAACGGAGUCCUGCGCGGGGCGGGAUGUAGCUGGGGAGUGUCAGCCGGCGUUUGUUGUGGCGUUGUUUUUUUCCCCCAAACACAUUUGUUGCUUCUAUGUUGUGUUAGUUGCAUACACUUGUGCAGUUCCAGUGGGUGUGAAGACUAUCUCUUAACAGUAGAAAUGCAGACAAAAGGUAGAGGAGGGGUUUUCUGGAGAACACUUAGGCUGACCUCGCAUACCUCUUAAUCCAUGGGAACAUACCUACAUCAGGACCCACAACUCCAGUGUAAAGUUAGAGAAGACGUAAAAACCCAGCCCAGAUUUUUAUUUAUUUCCAAAGAGCUGCACCUCUGUCUGUUGUCAUUAAGCGUGUGUUUGUGUGUGUAUAAAGUGCCACUGUCACCGUGGCACUGGGGGAUCUGGCGAAGGGCAAAUCGCCUGAGCUUGACUUCGAGGGUCAGACUCAAAGCCUCGGGUACUUGCAGAUGCUUUUGUGUAUCGUGACCCCCAAGCCUGCCAUACUAAGAGACUGAUUAAAUUUAACAUUGUUGUAUAUAUUUAAAAAUAAAGCGGUGUGUGUUUGUA